AUGUCUCGCUUUCCAGCCAUUCCUCCCGAGGAACGCACCGAGGCGCAUGAUAAGCUCGAAAAUGGGCUUGCAGAGGUCUUCUCGAAAGGGCCAUCCCAGAUUGAAUGGAAGGGCUCCUCCGGAACGAUCCUGGGUCCGUACUCGCCUCUCCUAUACACGCCGGAAAUAGCAGAACCGUGGUUCAACCUCGCCCUGACCGUAACCCGACAACAGCGACUCACGAUGCGCGAGAAAGAACUCGCCGUCCUGGCAGUUCUCGCGGAAUAUGACGCGCCAUACGUGCUGUACACACACUCUCAAGUGGCGAUUGCAGUGGGGCUGUCCCAGGAGCAGGUGCAGCAGGCCGUCGAUGGCGAGGCACCCAAUGGUCUGAGCGAGUCCGAGGCAGAGGUAUAUAGCUUCGCGUUGGAGCUGGCACGGUUGCGAGGACCUAUGGAUAGUGCAGUUUUCGACAAUGCGAAGAGUGCACUCAGUCGUGAUCGAAUGGUGGGCUUGGCUCAUAUUGUUAGUGGCUUCAUUUACACUUCCAUGCUGUGUAAUGUCUCGGACGGCGAGGUUCCUGCUCCUGCUGAAGGUGCGUUUGUUGCGAAGUCAAGGCAUCGGAAGUAG